AUGGAUUCACAGACCAUACGAUAUCUAGCACAACUUGAUGCUGAGGAUGAACAAAGAGAAACUGAUGAGAUCAUUGAGGAGAGUGAAGCAGAAAAUCAAGAAGCAGCAGAAAGUGAGACUAGAACUCAAUCAAUUCAACCGACUCUCACGGUAUUUCAAUCUAACAAAUGCUUAAAGGCUAAUGUUUGGAAAGAGUAUAUACCAGUAGGUGAUAGGGAAGAUGGAAAGAAAAUGGGUCGUUGCAUGCAUUGCCAGAAGAAAUUCUGUAUAGAGAUUAGUCAAGGAACAUCUGCUGUUACACGUCAUUUAGAAGUUUGUCCAAUGAGAGGUGAAAAGAGUGAAGUUGCUAGGAAGUAUGAUCCAAAGGUAGAUCGUGAUAUGAUUAAUGAAAUUAUAAUCUAUCAUGAUCUGCCUUUCAAGUAUGUGGAAUAUGAGAAAGUAAGAGCUAGGGACAUAUACUUGAAUCCGGAUUGUCACCAUAUCUGUAGACAGACAGCUGGGGCAGAUGUUCUUAAGAGAUUUGAGCUGGAAAAGGUUAAGUUGAGAAAGAUUUUUGCUAAUCACAAAGGUAGAGUGUGUUUUACAUCUGAUAUGUGGUCAGCUAGAACAACAAUGAGGAGUUAUAUCUGCUUGACUGCUCACUUCGUUGAUGAUAGCUGGAGAUUGCACAACAAAAUUUUAGCUUUCUGUGAGUUUGAAGCUCCACAUACUGGUGAGGAAAUAGCUACAAAAGUUUUGGAUUGUUUGAAGGAGUGGGGUUUAGAGCAGAAAGUUUUCUCGUUCACCCUGGAUAAUGCUACCAGUAAUACUAGCAUGCUUGGUAUUCUUAAGAAUCGUCUUACAUUGGCUAAUAGAUUGCCCUGCGAUGGAAAGUUUUACAUAAACAGUGUAAAGUUUGUGAAAGCAUCUGGAGCAAGGAUAGAUUCGUUUGCAGCUUAUAGUAAGAGUUUAAAGAUAGAUAUGAAGGCUGGGUUGUCUUUAGAUGUUCCUACUCGCUGGAAUUCAACAUAUCUUAUGCUUGCCAGAGCUUUAAAGUAUCGUAAGGCAUUUAUAAGUCUGCAACUGUGUGAUAGGAACUACAAGACACUUCCUUCAGAGGCUGAAUGGGAGCGUGGAGAGAAGAUCCGUGAUCUGUUGAAACCUUUUAACACCAUCACCACUUACUUUUCAGGCGUGAAGUAUCCUACAGCCAAUAUUUACUUCAUGCAGGUGUGGAAGAUAGAAUUGCUGCUAAAGAAAUUUUCAGUUUGUGAUGAUAUUGAUGUGAGGUUAAUGGCUUUGAAGAUGAAAAACAAGUUUGCUAAGUAUUGGGAUGAAUAUAGUGUCGUUUUAGCAAUGGCAGCUGUCUUAGAUCCAAGGUUCAAGACUCAAAUACUCCAACAAGCUUAUGACAGUCUGUAUAUGUUCAUCACAUACGUAGAGCACGAGUAG